CCGUGAAAUUACAAGAUUUCAAAACUUGUGCUGAUAGUUCCUUCUGCAGACGUAACAGAGAUUAUGCAGAUAGGGUUUUAGCAAAUCCUACAGUUAUAUCGCCAUACUCUUUAAUCAAAGAAACAAUUGCCAUCAAGGAUGGUAUUCUUUCAGGGGAAAUUGUCAAUAACGAGAAUCAAAUCCAUUUUACUUUUGAAAUAAAUUUACUAGAAGUUGGCGCGGCGAGAGUUCGAAUUAACGAAAAGUAUCCGUUAAAGCCUCGAUAUGAUGACGUUAAGAAUUUCGCUCUCGUCAAAGAACCACAGAAUACUCUAGAAUAUACCGAGCACCCUUUACAAGAUUCUUUCACAUCCGUGUCUUUCGGUAAAGAAAGAAAACAAAAGGUCAUCGUUUAUCACUCGCCAUUUCGCGUCGAGUUUUUGAUUGAUGAUGUACCUACAGUUGCUUUGAAUGAACGCGGGUUUUUCAAUUUCGAACAUUUGAGGCAAAAGGAGGCCUCUCCUGGUUUAGUUGAUCAAAAUGGUGAGGAAAAUAAAUUAGAUGUCGACGCAAAGGAAGAUAAUGAAAAGGAAAAGGGUUUAUGGGAGGAAACUUUUGGUGGCAGGACAGAUACCAAACCAAAUGGGCCCGAAUCUAUCGGGCUCGACAUAUCUUUCCCGGGGUUUGCUCAUGUAUAUGGUAUUCCUGAACAUGCAUCCACCCUUUCGUUGAAAGAGACGAGGGGAGGAGAUGGUGCUUACACGGAACCUUACAGACUGUAUAAUUUAGAUGUAUUUGAGUAUGAUCUGGACAAUCCUAUGGCGCUUUACGGAUCGAUCCCCUUUAUGAUGGCACACCGCCGAGGCGCGACUGCGGCUGUUCUUUGGUUAAACGCUGCUGAAACUUGGAUCGAUAUAACUAAGAGUAAAGAGGAUAAACAUGGAUUGUCAAAACUUUUGAACUUUGGAAAAUCCACACCUACUUCAACGCACACACAUUGGUUUUCGGAGUCAGGUAUCAUUGAUGUGUUCGUUUUUCUUGGACCGAGUUCUUCAGAUAUCUUUCGUCAAUACGGAUUGCUCACAGGAUUUACAGCGCUACCUCAGUAUUUUGCAAUUGCUUAUCAUCAGUGUCGUUGGAAUUAUCUGGAUCAAAAUGAUGUAGUUGAAGUGGAUGAUGGAUUUGAUAAGCAUGACAUUCCGUACGACGUUAUUUGGUUAGACAUUGAACAUACUGAUGGUAAAAAGUAUAUGACUUGGGACAAUAUCAAAUUUCCAGAUCCAGUAAAGAUGCAAAGCGACAUUGGGCGCAAGGGACGAAGGAUGGUUGCUAUCGUUGACCCUCACCUCAAGCGCGACGACAAUUAUAAAGUGUACAAAGAAGCUAACGAUCUAGAUCUCUUCACCAAGGAACCUGAUGGACGAGUGUAUGAUGCGUGGUGUUGGCCUGGAAGUUCUUCAUGGCCAGACUUUACAAAUCCUUUAACUCGCGAAUGGUGGGGCAAGAAGCUUGCUUUCGAUCAAUACAAGGGUUCAACAGAAUUCUUAUUUGUCUGGAAUGAUAUGAACGAACCAUCUGUUUUUAACGGUCCUGAAAUAACGAUGCCAAAAGACCUCGUUCACCACGGCGGCUGGGAACAUCGUGACCUCCACAAUAUCUAUGGACUUUCUUAUCAUGCUUCAACGUCCGUCGGACUUUCCAAUCGAACGAAUCCACCCAGUCGUCCGUUUGUUCUUUCCCGCGCGUUCUUCGCGGGCAGUCAACGGUACGGUGCCAUUUGGACUGGUGACAAUUUUGCUAGAUGGGAUCAUUUGGCCAUGGCGACACCUAUGUUACUCACAAUCGGUAUUUCGGGUUUACCAUUUUCUGGCGCAGAUGUUGGAGGAUUCUUCGGUAAUCCCGAACCAGAACUUUUGGUUAGGUGGUAUCAAGCCGGUGCUUUUCAACCAUUCUUCCGCGCGCACGCGCACUUAGAUACAAAACGUCGCGAACCUUGGUUGGCGGGGGAACCCUACAUGGGUUACAUUCGCGAUGCUAUACGCGAAAGAUAUGCGCUUCUGCCUUUCUGGUAUACGUUGUUUCACGAGGCGAGCACUACAGGAAAGCCAAUAAUUCGACCCAUGUUCGUGGUUUAUCCUGACGACGAAUCGAGUUUUUCAAUUGAGGAUCAAUUUUUCGUCGGAAAUUCCUUGCUCGUUAAACCUAUAGUAACGAAAGGACAAACAUCUACUGAAGUUUAUUUAGGAGAAAACGAGAUAUAUUACGAUUAUUACACCUUCGAAAAAAUAUUAGGACCCUACAAAUUUAUCGAUGCACCUUUGAACAAGAUACCCGUAUUCAUACACGGAGGCUCUAUCAUACCGCGCCGUCAGAGAAUUCGCCGUUCAUCCCUUGCAAUGCGAUCAGAUCCUUUUACUCUUUUGGUUGCAUUGAAUAAGCAGAAUGAAGCCACGGGAACAUUGUACUUGGAUGAUGGAAAGUCGUACGAGUUCGAAAAAGGCUCUUAUGUUCAUCGUCAAUUCUUAUUUUCGUCUGGGAAAUUAACAUCCAAAUCGCUAGCGCUGUUAGAGAAUGAAAACAAUCCGUACGCUCAAACGGUUGGUUCUCUGCGUGUUGAGAGAAUUAUCGUUUUAGGACUUGACAAGAAGCCCAAGAAAAUACUGGCUUAUCAUAAUUCCGAACCAUCUAAGGCGAAAACAUUACAAUUCAAGUUUGGCGGAAUAGGAACAGUGAUUGGCACGUCUAUUCCUUCGAAGGAUGCACUUUUGAUCAAAGAUCCAAAUUUGCUAAUCACCAAAGAUUGGACUAUAGAGUUUUCAAAUUGA